CCGCUGCCGCCGCCGUCGCCGCCGCCGUCGCGGCCGCCGCCCGCUCUCGGCUCCGGCAGGACCUUAGCAUCCUGAACCAUUUUGGAUACAUAGCCCUCAAGGUCAACCUAGUCAGAGUUCAUCAUGUCAAAGUUGAAAAGUUCAGAGUCAGUCCGGGUGGUAGUUCGCUGUCGGCCCAUGAAUGGCAAAGAAAAAGCUGCUUCUUAUGACAAGGUGGUAGAUGUGGAUGUGAAGUUGGGCCAGGUGUCUGUCAAGAACCCCAAAGGCACUGCUCAUGAGAUGCCUAAGACCUUCACCUUUGACGCCGUCUAUGACUGGAAUGCUAAGCAGUUUGAACUCUAUGAUGAGACAUUUCGACCGUUGGUGGACUCUGUCCUGCAGGGUUUCAAUGGGACGAUUUUUGCCUAUGGACAAACCGGAACUGGGAAAACCUAUACCAUGGAAGGAAUCCGUGGUGACCCUGAGAAAAGAGGGGUUAUCCCCAACUCAUUUGAUCACAUCUUCACCCAUAUCUCUCGAUCACAGAACCAGCAGUACUUAGUCAGGGCAUCUUACUUGGAGAUAUACCAGGAGGAGAUCCGAGAUCUGCUCUCAAAGGAUCAGACCAAAAGGCUGGAGCUCAAAGAGAGGCCUGAUACUGGAGUCUAUGUGAAAGACUUGUCUUCCUUUGUCACCAAGAGUGUGAAGGAGAUUGAGCAUGUAAUGAAUGUGGGGAACCAAAAUCGGUCUGUUGGUGCCACCAACAUGAAUGAACACAGCUCACGGUCUCAUGCCAUCUUUGUCAUCACUAUAGAGUGCAGUGAGGUGGGCCUUGAUGGUGAAAACCACAUCCGAGUAGGGAAGCUGAACCUCGUAGAUCUUGCUGGUAGUGAGCGGCAAGCCAAGACUGGGGCACAAGGGGAGAGACUGAAGGAAGCGACCAAGAUCAACCUGUCUCUUUCAGCCUUGGGUAAUGUCAUCUCUGCCCUGGUAGAUGGCAAAAGCACCCACAUUCCAUAUAGAGACUCAAAGCUGACCAGGCUCCUCCAAGAUUCUCUUGGUGGCAAUGCCAAGACUGUGAUGGUGGCCAAUGUGGGGCCUGCCUCUUACAAUGUGGAAGAGACCCUGACCACUCUGAGAUAUGCCAAUCGUGCCAAAAACAUUAAGAACAAGCCAAGGGUCAAUGAGGACCCAAAGGAUGCCCUCCUUCGAGAAUUCCAGGAAGAAAUUGCUCGGCUCAAGGCCCAGCUGGAAAAACGGUCCAUUGGCAGGAGGAAGCGGAGAGAGAAGCGGAGGGAAGGUGGUGGCAGUGGUGGGGGUGGGGAAGAGGAGGAGGAGGAGGGAGAAGAGGGUGAGGAGGAAGGGGAUGAUAAGGAUGAUUACUGGCGGGAACAGCAAGAGAAACUGGAGAUUGAGAAGCGGGCCAUUGUAGAGGACCACAGCUUGGUUGCAGAGGAGAAGAUGAGGCUGCUGAAGGAGAAGGAGAAAAAGAUGGAGGACUUGCGGCGGGAGAAGGAUGCUGCCGAGAUGCUGGGGGCCAAAAUCAAGGCCAUGGAGAGUAAACUGCUUGUUGGUGGAAAGAAUAUAGUAGAUCAUACGAAUGAACAGCAGAAAAUCCUGGAGCAGAAACGGCAGGAAAUUGCAGAGCAGAAACGCCGAGAAAGAGAGAUCCAGCAACAGAUGGAAAGUCGUGAUGAGGAGACCUUGGAACUUAAAGAGACGUAUAGCUCUUUGCAGCAAGAGGUAGACAUCAAGACCAAAAAACUCAAAAAGCUUUUCUCCAAGCUUCAGGCUGUGAAGGCUGAGAUCCAUGACCUCCAAGAAGAACACAUCAAGGAGCGCCAAGAGCUAGAGCAGACUCAGAACGAGCUCACUAGGGAGCUGAAACUCAAGCAUCUUAUUAUAGAAAACUUUAUCCCUCUGGAAGAGAAGAAUAAAAUUUUGAAUAGAUCAUUUUUUGAUGAAGAGGAAGAUCAUUGGAAAUUACAUCCUAUAACCAGACUAGAGAACCAGCAAAUGAUGAAGCGGCCUGUCUCUGCAGUGGGAUACAAGAGACCCCUGAGCCAGCAUGCAAGAAUGUCCAUGAUGAUUCGGCCAGAGGCCCGAUACAGGGCAGAGAACAUCGUACUCUUAGAGCUGGACAUGCCCAGUCGGACCACUAGAGACUAUGAGGGCCCGGCCAUUGCCCCCAAGGUCCAAGCUGCACUGGAUGCAGCUCUGCAGGAUGAAGAUGAGAUACAGGUGGAUGCAUCAUCCUUUGAAAGCACUACAAAUAAGAAAUCCAAGGCUAGGCCUAAGAGUAGCAGGAAGUCGGGAUCCUCGUCCUCCUCCUCAGGAACUCCUGCAUCUCAGUUUUACCCACAGUCUCGGGGGCUGGUUCCCAAGUAACACCAGCACCCCCUCCCAGGGUGGGAACAGCAUGGCCUUCUGAGAGAAGAGAUGAGCACAAAGCUGCAGAGAGGACUUAAGCCUAAUCUCAGAACCAUUCCCCCAAGGAGAAGUGAUGGCCUCUUUGCAGAUUAGCCAACUUCAUCUGGCUGAAUGUGCUGGUCCAAAUCUGGCGCUCAGCUCCUCUGGGAAACAUCCUUUAAUUAGCGUCUCAGAAAUGCAUGGGUAAGGUAAAGUCCAGUGGACAGCAAGAGAAUGACCAUGACCUUGCUUCUUUCUCUACUCUCCCACCCUCCUUUUCCCUUCUUCUUUUCAGCGUGUUCUUCACAUCUGUCUCCCUUCUUCCUAAACAAAUAAUAGGGAGUCAGACAUCCCCCUCAGCAGGACCGUGUAUAUGGGAGCCUCAGGUUUGAAUGACAGUGAGGUUGAAAUGCAAGCCCUAGAACUUGAGUAGGCACCCGUUCUUGAAAGGAGAAAUGAGAAUUCUAACUUGGAUCCAAGCCCCGGGAGGGCACAGUCAGUGAUCCAGUUUUCUUACCCCUCAGAGUACACCUUGCCUUUGAAUCUGCUGAAUGAGGAUAUAAAUCUCUUCCAGUUGCUGCUCCAAGAGGGUUCAAGGUUGGAAGCAAUAGAAAUGACAUCCCCUUUGCCUCCUGGGAGAAUUUAUGGAAAUAACAUCUUUUAAACCUCAAAACCAUGACCAUCCUGUCAAAGACCUAAGUCUGUAAGCCAGUGCCAUGUCACUUUACUCUUCAUUGUCACCAGAUGUCCAGGGAACACCUGCUCUGAAUGUCCUUGUGUAGACCCACCCUCUGCCUACAGAGUGUGCUCUGCUACAGGCCUCUGUUGUGGGAGAAAGAGGCUGCUUCUGCCCUCUCUGAGGAGCUUAGAGCUGGGGGAAAGUGACAGAGAGUAGUACUUUUCAAUUGCCAGUUUGCUUCCAUUUUGGCAGCAUAGAAGAGUGAGUAGGCAGACACUGAGAUGGAGACAGGCUCCAAGCAGGGAAAGGCAGACAGGCAGCUGGGAGUAGAGGAACCCUGUCUGCCUUCAGCAGAGAGCUCCCUCCAGGUGGAGCCCAAGGUGCUGGCAAGGAGAGACUGACUGAAUAGGUUCAGAGGAAAGAGUUCACAAUUCCAGUUUAUAUAGACUAGUUUGGUUGUAAAUUUUAGUUCUUUGUAUUACUGCAAUUCAAGCUUUGUUUUAUGAAAAUGUUUAAUGAAAGUAACUCAUUUUCCCUCCAAGAGAAGCUUACAAGUGUGUAUGGGUGUGUGAGCAUGGUGGUGCCUGUGCUGAGUGUGUCUAUGUGUGUCUGUAAGAGACAGAGACCAAGAACUUGCCCAGUUUUAGAAAUAUUCUAAUGUGCAGUUGCUGCCUUUGUCUGUAUUAAAGGCCCAUUGAAUGACUAAUCCAGGCUGGAAGUGUUCCCAUGUGGGUGUCUGAGUCCAUGAGCCAAGCCUGAAGGGACAGUCCUGAGUCCCCAAGUCUGCCACACUGACGCACCUUGCUGGCACGGUGCCUCAGGUAGAUGGAGAGACCCACGUGGGACUCGAGUUACAUUUUAACUCAGCUGCUCAGUCCCCAGGUACAUUUCUGGAUCAGAACCCAUGGGAAAGAAAAGGUACCAAGUGCAAUGUCUUAGCAUGCUGCGAAAUGGAGACCCGCUGCCCACACUUACCUCCUCAUCAAUGAGCAUUCCUUCUGAGCCCAGGGGCCCCUAUUCAGCAGUUCCUAGGGUACAGUGGAGCCUUCCCUCAUCUUUUCUCAGGCUCAAACCCUGCUUCUUCCUUCUAAGAAUUUGCUGGCUUGCAUAGGAACCAAAUGAUGAAAUGUAUAGUGGACGAUGGCUAUCUGCUGAAUGACAGUGACAUCUCUUGUACCACAUUUCCUCACAGCUAGGCUGAAUUCUGUAGGCUGAAAUGUUCAUGCAGUUGAAAACUUCAGAUAGUAUCAUACCUUGUCUUGAGGUGGCUCUUGUGCCCAAGGGCAGACAAGUGACACAUGGAACUUUUUCAGAAAGACAUAAGAAGAAAGGCAGGCUGACAGGCAUGAUUAUUAAAGCAAGUUUGCCUUGUCCUCUCUCAGCUGUGUUCAGCCAGUGGUCUGUGAAACAGUAAAAGGCCACCACGUGGAGAUGAAGCUGACCCUUUCCAAGCCCUUUCCUGGUGCUUCUCUUCUCUCAAUGGAUCCGAUAAAUAUUGGGAUAGAGCAGAUGGUAAAAUGUUUGCUGUCACCAGGAUGCUGCUGCUUUGGGUUCUGAAUUGAGCCACAUGUAUACAGGACAGACCAAGCUCCCUGAGGGACCACAUUGUCAUGUCUGUAAUCACCUUGGAUGUUCCUGACACUGGACGGCCUUGCAUGCCAGCAGCAGCUAGUGAAGUCUGGAAGCAAAUCUUGAAAAGGAUCUAAGAAGACCAUCUGGGAGGAGUUUGAAACUGUAUUGCAACCCUUGUCAGACUUUCCUACUCCAAGCAGUAGAAUGUAUCUUGCGUCCUAUUGUAAAAUCAUACACCUCCCAGACCCCUAGAGGCAGACCCCAAGGCCACAAAAUCAUAGGCAUGAAGCACUUUCUUAAGACUGACCUGACGUUGGCUUGCUCCCGUCUGAUGCCUGCAUGCUGCUUGAAUUGCUCCACUCACACCUCCGUGACCAAGGGCGCCAGAGCUUUUCCAGCUCAGGCAUGGGCUACUGUCUGCUCUUCUUGUCUGAUUCUUGUAAGUCCUCCUUCACUGAAUGUACACUCAUUGCCAAGUUUCUGAGAAGUGUCGAUUCCCUGCUAACAUAGGAUGUCGUUUCUGCCUCACAUUUCCCACUUGAGUUCAAGGUAUACUGUGAACACCACCUUGGACCAUCCAAACAGUGGAUAUCCAUCAGUGGAUAACACUGGAGCUAAAUAUACUCUAAAAACCAUGCUGAAAACCUCAGAGGGAAUUAGAUGAGAACAGAGUGCCUGGCAGUUACCUGUCAUGCAAGGCUUUGUUUUGUCCUGUUCAAAAUCUGACCCCUUUCUCUGUGCCCUGUUUGUUGAAUGAAAUGCUUUUGAGGUUAUCUAUGAAAGGAGUGAUAGUGGGUGGGCAGGCAGAGGCAGUGGGCUGUUUGGCUCCUUAAGAGAUACUAUUGAUCUCGACCUUCUCUUUGGCUAUCUUUAGACAGAGAUUAUGCCAAUACUUGGGACUCUUAAGUUUUACAAUUGAUAUUUAUUUGUAUCAUCUCUUUGUCUAGGAAUGUAAAAGUGAUUCUAAACUGAGAUGUGUAAUAAAAUCAAUCAGAUUUAUUGUAUCUACAAAAA